AUGGAUCACAGCAAGACAAACUCUAGGCGGGCUCAGCUGGGGAUUGGAGAAGUUCACAUGGCUCUUAGAAACUUUGAGAAGGGAGUUCAUUUGGACCCGUCUGACCAGGAGAUGUGGUCAGACGACCUACACUGGGCAUGGGGUCUAGCCAAGGAGAAGGAGAAGAGAGAGAAAGAGGUGGGAAAUAAGGACGAUGAGAACUAGAGAUGCAAGAAUGGGGUUACGUGGUUGGAAGAAUGGAGGCUAAAACUUGGUUGGUGAAAGAGCAAGAUUCAGCAAACUGUGGAGGCACACACCGGUAUUUAGGAACAGAUUGUUACAUACGAAUAGAGAGAGAGAAGACGGAGUGUAUUGACUGUGGAAAUGUAGAUAGAAUGUUAUUAUGUAGCUACUCAUAGUAGACUCCCCAGACUGUAGCCACUGCGAAUAUGUUCUUGUUCUUGAAGCUGCCCUCCGCGAACGAGUCCCACUUAGCGUCCCAGCAGCAGCGACUCCCUAUCCGCAUCCCCUGCUCUUUCAGCUGCCCGAUGGUCACCGAGCACACGAUCUUGUAGCGCUCGUAGUUGAGCUCCUUUACGCGACCUUUGAUAAUCUCCGCCAGGGAUUUGACUAGUUGGCGAUCUGCAUUGUGGUCGUACGUCUCGUUCUCUUUCAGCUGCGACGCCAGAACGUCCUCAAUGAUCGCUUUCACUUUCCCUGGCUCGAAUUUCCUCGCCGGCUCCAGCCGGUACGUGUUCUCGUACUUGGGUCGCGGCUUGCGGCGAAACCCGGGGUCUCCGGGCUCCUGCGAGAAGGCCAACACGCUCCGACUCGCCGAGUCUCGUUUGGCUGUCGAGAAGAGACUGGAGUUGCGCGCCAAGUCGGACAGCUGCGCAGCGAUGGAACCUCGCUUUUCGGCCAUUUUGCUCGCUCCUGUUGUUAGGACACGCCCAUACACGUGAGGUUUCCAUGGUAAUUCAUGGGCAUGCGCAUUGCAAAUUAACAAAAGAAAGGCGGGGCUGAGCUAGCUGUUAGCUAGCUAGGUACGUAGGUACGUAGGUACGUGUGUACGGGAGCGUGUUGGUGAAGAUGUCUGAGCGUAUAACAGCCAUCGUUAGGGUCAGGCAGAGCGAGAAGGAAGUGUUCAAGUCGUCUGAUAAGGAGCUACAACUCUCUCUUGUGUCUGACGGCAAGGGCGUAUCACUGGGACCAGCCCCUCCCACUUCUCCUGCACCACAAUCGUCCUUCACUUUCGACUCGGUGUUUGCUGCCAGCGAGGAGGACAGGACAGUGUACAGGAGCGGCGUCAAGAAGGUCGUAGAGAGCACGCUACUGGGCUACAACGGCACUCUAGUCUCGCUAGAGGUCGGCGGUGGAAGCGCGGAAAAGGCUCGUGGGGCUCUGCAGGAUGCCGUCGUCCGCGGCGCGGAGCAGAUCUUUGCGUGCCUGCGAAAGUCGCGGAGCUCUCGCUCGGCGGCAAAUCUCGUCGUAAACUGCUCGUUCAUAGCCGUGGCCGAAGAAAGAGUAUACGAUCUCCUGGAGAGCUCCGAAACAAACGGAGGGAAAAUUUCUGAAGCGUCCGGAUUUGCUGAGCUAUCGUUCACCGAAGACAGUCUCCAAUCGUCGGUCCACGAGGCAGUUUCCACGUCUCAGGUUGUUGAUUUGCUGCACCUCGGUCAGGAACGAGAGCGGAGGCUCGUGGAAUGGCUUGGGAGCCGCCGGGGCUCGAGCCGGGCUCGCCACCAUCACACUCUCCUCACUCUCACGGUGGAAUACUCGCAGUUCGGGAGCAUGAACGCCCCGAUCAGCGGGGCCUUGACCUUCGUGCGCCUCUCCUCGGCUCUCCCCCAGUCUCUGCAGUGCACACCAGCAGACGGCGAUACAGACAAGAAAGUCGUCUCGCUCUCCACACUUUCCGAAAUCGUGGAAUCUCUCCAACCAAACGCCACGGGAGGUCUCCCUGAGCCAGUCAGCGAUAACAUUUACUCCAAGUCGGUGCUCACUAGACUCCUGCGAGAUGCGGUCGGUGGAAACUGUAAGACGGUCUUCAUGUGCGAGCUGUGGAAGCCUCUCUCUGUUUCCUCGCGGGAUGAAGUCACCACAGCAUUACAGCUAGUAUCCAGAGCUGGGAAAGUUUGUAACAGACCGAACAAGCGUGACCUGGCGGAGCGGGCUCUCAUGUCGGCAUACAUGAAGCAACUGAGACAGCAGUACCAGAGUACCAGUGACUCUGGGGAGAAAGAAGAGGAUACGGCUAAUGAUGAUGAAAGGCAUCGAGCCAUGGAGCUGGCAGCUUCAGCUCUGGCCCAGGCUGUGGAGACAGGUGAGGAGGAGGAAGAAGAAGAAGAGGAAGAAGAGCAAGAGGCGGAAAAGAUACUUGUGGUGGCUCGGCAAGCCAAACAGCACCGCAGGAAGACAACUGGUGGAGCAUCAGAUGGUGGAGGAGCCAGUGCAGUGACCAUUGAUGCGCUGGUGGGUGUUCUUCAGGACCCUGACAGAGGCGUUCCUCGCGCUCUGGAGACCAGACUUCAAGACGUCAAAAUCAGAAGAGAUGUGGGAGCGCUGUUCUCUGGAGCAGGAAUAGUGCAGUGGAUGCUGGACAAUGUGGAGGGAGUGGAGAGUGAGAGAGAUGCCGUUACUCUUGGUCAGCUCCUCCUCGACAGGGGAGCCAUCUUCCACUCUGAGGGCUCCAUGGUGUUUGCAAAUGCUGACAGUCUAUUCUACUACGCCAGAGAGGCUCGACUAGGGAAAAGGCUUCUCUCACCAGAGGAAAUCCAGGCCCUUCUGAGCCACGCCCGGGACUCUGGUGACCACACCCAUCACACCUCCGUCUCCGGCCACACCCACAACACCUCGCAGAGGAAAUCAACAAGUGAGGAUGAGGAGAGGGGUAAUGGAGAAGGAGAAGGAGAAGAAAUCGAGAGUGAAGAAGUUAGAGAACUUGGAUUUGAUCAAAGUUUGGGGGUUCAGAUCUUGUUCAGUGGAGGAAGAAAAGUCUAGAUUCGUCGACGUUUGUCUCCAGAUGUCUGGAGGGUUCGCGUAUGCUCGGGGGAGGGAGGAGUGUCUACAGGACGAUGCCAUGGUUCAAGAGGAAUUUGAAACAGAGCCACUAGUGGACCACAGUGAUCCGUGUGGGGGGGAGGGUGAGGUGCCAACAGACAGCCACACAUCAGUCGAGAGCUGGCUUGCAGAAGCGAAAGGCGAGGAAGAGGAGGAAGGAGAGGAAGAACAAGUCGACGGAGGAAAUCCAAGUACAAGUCUGCAGCAAUCUAUUCCCAACAUUCAUACUUUGGAAAAUUCCCAGGACUAUCCCCACCCACUGCACAUGGCGGUGGCAAUAGGCAAGAGCCCGGGGGUCAUAAAGAACCUGGUCAUGAUGUUUGGAGUAGACCAGACCGACGAUCACGGCAGAACGCCUCUCAUGUUUGCAGCUCUGGGGAAUAAGAGGGCCUCGUGCUCCACUCUGAUAGACUGCGGAGCUGUCCCCGACAAACAGGACGACAGCGGACUCACCGCACUUCACGUCGCCUGUUACCACGGCGCCAAGGAAGCCACGCGUGUGCUCCUCGCCAAGAAGGCUUCCGUCGCUACAACUGACAAAAUGGGUCAUUCUCCGCUGCACUGGUCCAUAGUUCCUGAGAGCACUGCUUGUCUUCAACUUCUAUUGCACUACAUGUGGCCUGUGGGACUGAAGCAAGUUGACUGCAGCGGACUGACAGCCAUGCACUGGGCCAUCUUCUACAACAGACCUCACCACCUCAAACUCCUCCUUAAGAAGUGUUCUGGGAUGGUUGAAGUUGACUCCUCGGGACGAACUCUCCUGACGUAUGCCAUUGAGAGGGAGCCACCCACUCCCCAGUGCAUCACUGUUCUGGUGGAUAUGUGUCCUCAACUACUGACGGAGAGAGACGGCAACCACCGACUGCCGCUCCACCUUGCAAGCAUUGCUGCCUCCCCCGUCCCUCUCUCCCUCCUCCUCACACACCGACCCCCCAAAUCUGGCCCCCCGGAGGUCAACUGUGUGGACUCCUUACUCCGUACCCCACUCCAUUACUCCGCUGCGGGGAACCACCUCAAGAAUACCCAGGUCUUGGUGAGAGCAGGGGCAGACAGAGAUCCAGUGGACAGUGAAGGAAGGACUCCUCUAGACUAUGCCAGUCUACUAGAGGACGGGGAGUCAAUGGUGGCUUUGCUUCAGCAAGCCACACUCACUGACACACCAGCCAACUAUGACAAUCGCCCCCAGACAGCUACUACUACUGCUGCUGCUGCGAGUGCUACUGCCCAUCUUCACAGUUACAGCACCCACUCCCUCCCUCCCCUCAGCUCAUCUGCCCCUGUCAUUCAGCAAACUGAUGAUCCAUCUUCCAGAGUGUGCACUAUCCUAUAAUGCCACCAUUAUACUCUGUCGAAACACAUCACAAGUUUGAUUUACAACC